UUCAAAACGUGAUUCAUGUAUUUAGAGAUGUCAUUUUAAUUCGUUAAAAAACUUUAUUGUUUGUAAUUAUUUACAAAUCGACGCAAGUUAAAUACUGAUCCUAGUUCAUUAUGGGUUGUUUUUAUUCAAGGAAAAUGAUAGAGGAGGACACAGUGUACGACAUGUCGCCGAUCCGCCAUCUACCGGUGAUCUUCGUGAACGGUGUGCCGGGCGCGGGCAACCAAACGGUCGCGCAAACCAUCUCCAGCAUCACGGGUUACGUCAUGAUCCGACCUGGCGAGCUGGUCCGGUCCGAGGCCGACAUGGAUACGGCACGAGGACGACUCAUUGCAGAUAAAUUGCAGGCUCAAGAGGAAAUUCCGGAACAAUUAAUAGUGGAUUUGAUAAAAGAAGCGAUGCUGUCGCAGCAGGAUGCCAAGGGCUACAUACUGGUCGGCUUCCCAAAGAACCCGCGGAUGUCAAACAUAUUCAACAGUCAGGUCAAAUGGCCAGAGAAGAUUGUCGCACUCCAGGUUGAUAAUGAGGUGGCAGCGACUCGGCUACAGAACAAGCUAUCGGAGCUGGGCAGGCCCGAGUCGGAGAUCAACGCGGCGCGCGACAUCGUGCGUGACGCCGCGCACAAAGUCAAGAAUGUUCACAAACGAUUCGGAGGACACGUUAUAACGCUGGACAGCAGCGGGAAUCCGAAAGCGCUGGCAUCGACCCUCAAAGAAAUCCUGUCAGACACGAUAGAGCAGUGCCACAACAGGUCUGAGGAGAGCCCGCCCUGCGCCCUCUCCGCGCCCGCCGUGCACCACCAGCCGCAACACGCCCCGCAUACGCCCCACGCGCCCAUCCCAGUCAACGUGCACGAAAAUAAAGAAGCGGCCCACUAAUGCACUUACUAGUGC